AUGCCAGCAAAGAUCUGCAACAGAGGCCCCCUCCGUGCUAAGAAUCCCGCCGCGGUAAUAACCCACGCCGCUUCCUGCAUCCCGCAGCAAGGACCUGGCACCCAGAGCCAGGAUUCCGAGGGAGGAGAGGGUAAGAUCAAGAAGAGCCCCGCUGAAACACCUGCUUCUGUCGCUGUGGCCAAGAAAACCAAUGCCCCUGAGGAGGAGUACCCCCUUGGUUAUGAAUGUGCCCUCUGUAGCCGGGUCAAGUAA